CGUCUCAAAACCGUGGUCUUGAUUCCCACCGUAUCAAGUCCGUCUUCCUCCCGGCACGCCGGUUUCGCGGUUUCAUGCGAACUACGUAUAAAUCUCGCCGGAGCACCUUGCUCUCCCCACCGCACCUCACUCCACCUACUGCUACUACUACUUACUCAUCUUUUUAGCUACUGCACUUGGCUUUGCUGCUACUGCUCGUUCACUUCCUUCCGAUCUCGUACAACCAAGCUCUGCUCCCGGCGAAGGAAGAUGUCGACGGUCACCCGCGCCUACCUCGACCAGAGGCUCGCCGCAGCUAAGCGCUGCUCCAGAGAGGCUGCCAUGGCCGGAGCCAAGGCCGCGGCCGUCGCCACCGUCGCAGCCGCAGUGCCCACACUGGCGAGCGUGAGGAUGCUGCCGUGGGCCAAGGCAUACCUGAACCCGACCGGGCAGGCGCUCAUCAUCUCCACCGUCGCGGGGAUGGCCUACUUCAUCGUCGCCGACAAGACCAUCCUCUCCCUGGCCAGAAAGCACUCCUUCCAGGACGCGCCGGAGCACCUCAAGAACACCUCCUUCCACUAAUUAGACGCCGUGAUUAGCUAGGGCGGGCGCAAUAAACUGAUCGACGGCCGUACGUGUCUGAUGAAUGUGUGAAUGAAUGAUGAUAGACUGUAUAGUGUUCAGUGACACUGUGACAGGGGCAGUGCCGAAUGAUGUAGUGCGCUUCUCCUCCUUCAUGUACUUUUUCUUUUGUUUUCUUCCUUCUUCUUCAUGCACUUAUCUGAUGAUGAUGUGCAGUAAUAAUUUAUGUAGCCGUGUAUUAUCUUCAGGAGUAUUAUCUUAUUAUCUUGCCAGAGGUUCGUAACUUUACGUAAAA